AGAAAUGAUAACAGAAAAAGAAAGAAAAUCAAAAAAGGAAAGAAAAGAGAGAGACACUCUGAUUUUGAGCGUAGGGCUUUUGACUCUCUCUAGCUCCUUACUGUGCCCACUCUUCACAGUCCACACCUUCUUCUCACGGACAUAAGACAUAGAGUUUUCGAUCGCCGCCAGAUCCUCCGCCGCAUCUUCUCCUCCUCACUUAUCUCCUGAGUGUGAAGAUAUAAUGGAAUCGGGCGCUGGCUUCGCGGCGAUGGAAGAGAGGAUCCUUCCCGGAAGCUUCUUCCAGUUUCCUCUUCCUGGAUUCAGUGCUUCUCCCAAUCGAUCCCCUUGUCCUCCUCCUCCUCCUCCCACUGGUCGUGAGAGGUACUUGGCUGAGUUGCUGCAAGAGAGGCAAAAGUUGAGUCCUUUCUCACAACUUAUGCCACAUUGCUGCAGAAUACUUAACCAAGAAAUUCGAAAGAUCUCCAGUUUAUCCGAAUUUGAUAGAUAUGAGCAUGGCAGUCCAUUUAGAUCGCCUGGUCUGCCUCCUACAAGUGGAAAGCUUGAUUUUGACGGAUGGUCAAUGAUGGAAGCUGAGGAGAGUUUUCAUCAACAGAGAGCUUCCCCAUUUCGUGCUUCUCCUGCUCCAGUAGGCUGGGUUGGGAUGCCAGGGCUACAUUCUCCACCCAUUGUUAAAAGAGUGAUUAGGCUUGAUGUGCCUGUUGAUAAAUUUCCAACCUAUAAUUUUGUUGGGCGGAUUCUUGGGCCACGUGGGAACUCUCUAAAAAGAGUUGAGCAUGCAACACAGUGUAGGGUGUUUAUUAGAGGACGAGGAUCUGUCAAGGAUACUGUCAAGGAGGAGAAGCUCCAAGGUAAGCAGGGUUACGAGCAUCUCAGCGAGCCACUACAUUUACUGAUCGAAGCCGAGCUUCCAGAGGACAUUAUAAACUCUCGAUUGGAGCAUGCAGUGCAUUUCCUGGAGUCGCUCCUAAAGCCAAUGGACGAGUCAAUGGACCACUACAAGAGAGAACAGCUGAAGGAGUUAGCGGCUAUUAAUGGUACGCUCAGGGAAGAGAGUCCAAGUCCAAGCUUGAGCCCUUGUCUGAGUCCAAGCAUGUCCCCUUUCAACAGCAAGCGUGCCAAGACUGGACAAUAAAGAUUUCUACACGAGAGAUGAUUUCUUUUUUUUUUUCCCCUCUGCUUCGGACAGAGAAACCAUGGCAUGGUCGGGUCGUGUGGACAGAGCAAAUGCUCUGUCACUAUCUAUCUGCGAGGUGAUAAUGUUCUAACGUUUGAUGAGACUUCAAUUAAUUUUUUUUGGUCAUUAAGUUUAUUCUUUAUUUUUGAAACUUUUUGUUGGCUAGCAGAGAUUACGAUUAACCAGUGGGUAAUAAUCUUAAUAAUGGUGUUUAUGAUUUGUAAUCUCGUUCUGAAUAAUGUAACUUUUUGUUUCAUAAAGUUUGAAGCUCAACAUUGAUUCCA